GCUCAGCCUCCAAUUAUAAAACAAGAAAUUAGUUUUGGCAUCUUCAAGGCAAAUUUGUCUUGAGGAGUUCUCUUUUCUUCCCCUCAUCUAAUUUUUGUUUUGCUCCACAGCUCUUCCCAUUGUAAUUUUUGUUUUCAAACUACAUCCUUUCAAUCAAGAAACCAUGGGAGGCUGUGCGAGCAAACCUAAGGAAUCUGACAUCGUCGAAGGCUCUGUCCCGAUAGACAAUGCUGUUGUUGAGUCCAAGAAUGCCACGACCGAGACAGAUACCACAUUAACUCAGGAGAAGAAGGAAGAGACUAGUGAAGAGGCAAAGGAGGAAGAUGAGACAAAAGAGAAGGACUCCUCUGAGGCAAAUAAGGCCGAGCCAACUCCAGAAGCUGUGAAGGCAGAUGAGAAAGCUCCUUCUCAGACUGAGCCACCAACACAAGAGACCGCACCUGCCAAAACAGAUGAGGCGCCUCUUGUGAUUCUUUGAUUUUUCAUUUCCACAUAUCAAAACCAUGUGUGUGUGCAAGUGUUCCUCUCCUUAUAAUUUGUAUGUUCAUCUCUGUUGUAUCGUCAAUGCCAUGUACAUUGUGUUGUGCCCGCCUCUAGUGAAAUUCUAUGAGAGUUUAACAUUCUGAAA